AUGAAGUUCCUGGCCCUGCUUUUCCUGCUGUCGGUGGCCGCAGCCAGCGAUGAUGUCUCGCCCCGGGCUGUGUGGCUGUUCCGUGAAUUGAUCAAGUGCACCCUGCCCAAGAGCCACCCACUGCUGGACUUCAAUGGCUACGGCUGCUACUGCGGCCUGGGGGGCAGCGGCACUCCGGUGGACGAGCUCGACAGGUGCUGCCAAGUACAUGAUAACUGCUACUCACAGGCAAUGGAACUCGAUGCCUGCAGAUUCCUCCUGGACAACCCCUACACUAAGUCUUACCGCUACAGCUGUUCUGACGGGACAAUCACGUGUAGCAGCAAGAACAAGGAGUGCGCCAUGUUUAUCUGCAACUGCGACCGCGCCGCUGCCGAGUGCUUCGCCAAGGCGCCCUACAACCCCGACAACAAGCACGUGGACUCCAAACAGUGCAAAUAA